UACCUCUCUGACAACCUUACUACAAAGCUUCUAUCUCUAUAUAUAUAUAUGGACUCUUCAAAUCAAUUUGGAAGAAGAAGAAACAUAAAGAAGAACAUUCAAAAAAAAAUCUUAGAUUUGUUUUAAGUUUAUUUGGAGCUUCAAAUUGAUACAAAUGGAACCUGGGUCUAGACAGGGUAAGAGAGUGGUGGUGAUCGGCGGCGGUAUCGCCGGCUCACUGGCCGCGAAAUUGCUUCAGUCCGAUGCUGACGUAACCCUCAUCGAUCCGAAGGAGUACUUUGAGAUUACAUGGGCUAGUUUGAGAUCAAUGGUGGAGCCUAAGUUUGCUGAGAGAACUGUUAUUAACCAUAAGAGUUACUUGAAACAAGGCCGUGUUGUAACUUCUCCGGCGAUCGGUAUUACAGAGAGUGAUGUAAUCACUCAAGAUGGAUCUGUGAUUGGCUAUGAUUAUCUUGUGAUUGCUACAGGUCACAAUGACUUGUUCCCUAAAACUAGACAAGAGAAGCUGUCACAUUACCAAGCUGAAUAUGAAAAGAUUAAAGCUUCUGAAUCAGUUCUGAUUGUUGGUGGAGGUCCAUCUGGUGUGGAGCUAGCUGCAGAAAUCGCUGUUGAUUUCCCGGAAAAGAAGGUCACUCUGGUUCACAAAGGACCAAGAUUGCUUGAAUUUGUUGGACAAAAAGCUGCUGACAAAGCAUCUGACUGGUUAGAAUCAAAGAAAGUGGAAGUGAUAUUGAACCAAUCUGUGGAUUUGAGUUCAGCUUCAGAUGGAAACAAAACAUACCGGACUUCUGGAGGCGAAACUAUACACGCAGAUUGCCAUUUCCUCUGCGUUGGGAAACCUCUGUCUUCACAAUGGCUCAAUGGAACUGUACUGAAAGAUAGCUUGGAUGGUAAAGGAAGGGUCAUGGUUGACGAGUACUUGCGGAUUAGGGGUCAAAGCAAUGUAUUCGCCAUUGGAGAUAUCACUAAUAUCCCUGAGAUGAAACAAGGAUAUAUAGCAGAGAGUCAUGCUAAUGUGGCUGUGAAGAACAUAAAGGUAAUGAUGUCAGGUGGGAAAAAGAAGAUGUCAACAUACAAGCCCGGUUCAGAGAUGGCUAUUGUAUCUUUAGGAAGAAAGGACUCUGUGGCUCAGUUCCCGUUUGUUACAGUUGUUGGUUGCCUCCCUGGUUUGAUCAAGUCGAAGGAUCUAUUUGUUGGGAAGACGAGGAAGACAAGAGGAUUAAAUCCUAAACUUGUUUAAGGUUGAGUCCGGUAGUGUGUUUCAGGUUUCAUCUUGAGAGUUGCUUUUGUGCAAGAUGUAAUCAUGUUUGUGUUGAUCUCAUUGUUUCAGUGUGUAGUGAGUGUUGGUUUGCUUAUGUUGUUGUGUAUCUCAUGUAUAAGUAAUCUAUAAAUAAUAAAGUGGUUUUAUUUCAAAAAUAAAUAAAUAAU